AUGAAAGACGAUAUUUCUGAACCGGAACCAGGAUGGAGCUCGCCUGGAAUGCGGGUAUGUUCAGUGUGCGAGGCUCCGUCGAAUGGAUAUCAUUUCAAUGCUCCAUCAUGUAGUGCAUGUGCCGCAUUCUUUAGAAGAACAGUUACAUUGGAUCGACAGUUUGCAUGUCCUUACACUAAUGGAUGUCUAGUCAAUUUCACAAUGCGAGUGAUUUGUCGAGCGUGUCGAUAUUCAAAAUGCAUAAAAGCUGGAAUGGAUAGGAAAGCGGUUCAGCCUCGUCGCGAUCGAAAUGUGCCGAGACGUCGAGCUCCGUAUGCACAACCGCCACGGCCAAGAACGAUUUCCCAAGAACAAAGCUCAGAGCCACCUGAGCAAUCAACAUUCGAAUUCGAUCCACCACAAUCUGUAUUCGAUUUCCCGACAAACUUUACACACUGGAGCUCACCAGUGAAUACCCUAUCACUACCACAAAUGCUUGAAGAUCCUAUGAAAGAACUACUUCGACUCGAGCGGUUAUACAAUGAGAGACGAAAAUUACUCUAUUGCGCUCGGUCGUCGAUCUCGAAAUUGCUUUCCACUUGCGAGAUUGACGAUAUUCCGUACAGUGAAGAUGAAUUGGAGGUGCUCACGUAUGCUUCAAUCCAGAAAGAUAUUCGACCGCAGAUUCUUCUCACUUAUGAAUGGAUUCGUGCCUGGAAACAUACACAACUCAUGAAUCUUUCCGAUAAGAAAAUGUUUCUAAGAAGAUGUAUUUUGUAUCAUACGAUUCUCGAUCCAGCCUAUCUUACUUUUCGACUUGGUAGACCCGACAAAUUUGUGAUGUUUAAUGGUUUAUUCGUUGGGAUUGAACGCGAUUCAACAGAAGGAUGGGCUGACGAGGCGGGCAUCAUUUCCUCAUCACUUAAACAAGAACUUUAUCGUCCGUUGAUGGAGAGAGUGGUGAAUGAGUUGGUGGAACCGAUGAGACAAAUCGGUCUCACCUAUCACGAAUACGUUGUUCUCAAAGGGCUCAUCUCAUUUAAAGGAUCAGGGGUUCAUGAACUUGAGCCGGGGAUUAAAGAAUUGAUGAAGAAACAAGUCGACGCGAUUCUUUUCAGUCUCAACGAUCACUAUAAACAAUUAGGCUAUUCUUCGCAUCAAAUCGCUGAACGCACUGGGAACAUCGUGCUUUUAAUGAGCGCCGUUUUUGCAGUGAGCAUGGAGUGUCUUGAAAGUCAUCAGAAAAUUCAAUUCUUUGAUCUUUGGGAACUCGACGAUCUCGUACUACAGUUGCUCUCUAGAAGAUCCACUCGAAAGACCACUCCAUCAUCACCGAACACAAUUAGUGUUUCAUCAACAUCGUCUUUAACAUCAACUGCAUCCACCUCAAAAUCGAGUUGUUCUUUGUCACCAAAUUCACAUCUUGGAGAGCAACUUGAUGAAGAAACAGGAAACGAUUUCUCUCCCGGUGGGCCAUUGAUGAACAACAAUCCAUUAUUGUCGUCAGCAAUGGAGAAUUCCCCACUUGCUCUUUCUUCUCUUCCGUUUUCCUCUCCACCUUCAAACAUUUCCAUUGCUUUCUCACCAGUUUCCCUAUCAACGUUGUCUACUUCA